AGAACUUUGACAUAUACUGAUGAAAUCUGCAGAUUAUUCUAUAUGAACAAUCCCUGAGAAACAGCCAGAAGUCAAUCAUUCCUGCAGACGUAAUGUCCCAAAACAAGAUACGAUAAAUAAAUUUCCAGUAAUCCUAGUGUGAACUCGAAGUAUGGUCCCUCAGAAUAUCUAACGACAAGAAAGAUUUUUGACAGAGUGGACAUUCGGCGAGUGGAAGGCAAACAAUCCAGUGUCUAUGGAACCGUUUCAUUACGACGAAUACUCAGAAGCAGGGAUGUAUCAGGAACCUGGUGCAGUGAAUUUAAGUGGCAACAGCUGGUACUCUGACGAUUCUGAAGGCACUUUAUCUGUGUCACAACUUAUUGUGAUUGGUGCUCUAUCUGUGUUGAUCUUUUUGACGUUAGUAGGAAACACUUUGGUAAUUGCUGCCGUCGCUACCACUCGACAGAUGCGGACAGUGACUAAUUAUUUCGUAGUGUCCCUCGCUGUGACUGAUCUGUUGGUGGGCCUACUCGUGCUCCCCCUGGCGGUCAUCCAAGAGGUUCACCAUUUCUGGCCUCUGGGGAGAGUCGUCUGCGAGUUCUGGAUUUCUCUGGAUGUGUUAUUGUGUACAGCAUCUAUUCUAAGUCUCUGUUGUAUCAGUUUGGAUCGGUAUUUCGCCAUCACUGCCCCAAUGACGUAUGUUGUUAAACGGAGCUCCAAGUUGGCCCUGGUUAUGAUCUGCGGGGUGUGGGUGAUGUCGGUACUGAUAACAUGCCCUCCUAUAUUUGGUUGGCGCGAUUCGGAUCGACAAAACGCUACAGAGUGUGUAUACAACUCCAAUAAGGGCUACGUCGUGUAUUCCGCUCUGGGAUCUUUCUAUAUCCCCGGUCUAGUCAUGGUCUACGUCUACUCUAGAAUCUUUGCAGUUGCUCGCAGAAGAGAGACAGUGCUGACGGCCUCCCAAGAUGGAGACGUUCACAGGGACGCUUGCUCGAUUGAAGAUGAGCCAGCACAACCGACGCCAGAAGGGAAAAACGAAAUCUACACUUUGACAGAGACCUUCUUCAAUAGAAGACCUGGUGAAACUAACAAGAAUUCUUCGCCUGAGAGCUACAAGAGAUCUAAAUCCCUACCGGUUUCAAACACUAAAUCUUACCGAAUAAGGUUAACUAGUCGUACCUCUAGCACAGGGAGCGACUCGAGAGCGUCCUCGAGAUUCUCCAACAGAUGGCGCGACAGAAAUAUUUCCUUCCGUGACAUCAAGCGCAGAUCAGGUUCUCGAGAAGACACCAUCAAAAGACGACAAGGAUACGAGCAAACGGCUUUUCAGCGAGAACGUCGAGUGGCCAAAUCACUGUCUGUGGUCGUUGGGGGGUUUAUCCUUUGCUGGCUCCCGUUUUUCACACUGUACAUUAUUAGACCGUUCUGCACCGGUUGUUCCAUACCGCCAAUCGUGGACUCCUGUCUCGUCUGGUUGGGGUGGUUGAAUUCGGCUAUCAACCCGUUCAUUUAUGCUCUCAAAAGCAACACUUAUAAAAAAGCCUUUGCCCGGUUAACCAUCGACAAACUUCGUCGGAGACCCAGACGUAAAAGUCGAAACGUGAAACAUUUUUUGUGAUUGUUUUGUCGAAAAAAAAAAAAGAAGCGUUUUCACAUUCACGUUCUGUAUACGUGUCUGUAUACUUUAGAAA